AUGAGAACCCUACUUCUUUCUUUCCUUGCCCAUAAUGCUCUUGCAAAUGUGGUGAAUGUCGCCAAGACCUGCCAGACAUUCUGUAAGAAGUGUGGCAAACACCAAUCCCACAAAGAAACACAGUACAAGAAGGGCAAGGAUUCUCUGUAUGCACAGGGAAAGUGGCGUUAUGACAGGAAACAGAGCUGGUAUGGUGGACAGACUAAGCCAAUUUUCAGGAAAAAGGCAAAAACUACAAAGAAGAUUGUGCUGAGGCUUGAGUGUGUUGAGCCCAACUGCAGAUCUAAGAGAAUGCUGGCUAUUAAGAGAUGCAAGCAUUUUGAAGUGGGAGUAGAGAAGAAGAGAAAGGGCCAAGUGAUCCAGUUGUAA